AUAAUUAGGAUAUCUAAUAAAGAGGAUAAAGUGGAAUUUUUGAUUGACCAUAUGAAGGACUAAUUUGGAUUGAAGAACAUCUAGCUUUGGAAAAAGAGAGUUAUAACCACUACACAGAUUGAGAUCGACACUGUUUAAUACAGUUAUGCCUUUUCGGCAGCUGCUUUGCAUACGCCAACAGAAGAGGAAGCGACAACAAUGGUGGCCCUCGAAGACAAAAAGCUUCGCUGAGCCCAAUAAGCUUAGUCAACAGAACUAUCACAGUUUGCUGGCAGAGUGCUUGAAGAAAGGGUGUUUGUUUGAAGACCUGACCUUCCCAGCAGAUGUGAGAUCCAUAGGCACAGGACCAUUGCUCCAGAAACUGCCCCAAAAGAUACAGUGGAAGAGACCACAUGAGCUGCACAAGAAUCCCAUCUUUUAUUCUACUAACAAAAAAAGGCUUGCUCUAUGUCAAGGACUGAUAGAGAACUGCUGGUUUUUGGCUGCGGUGGAAGCUUUAACAUUUCAUGAAGACAUUUUGUUCAAUGUGGUACCACAAAACCAGAGCUUUGAGAGGAAGAAAUAUGCUGGAAUAUUUCAUUUCAAGGUCUGGCAUUUUGGAGAAUGGGUUGAUGUUGUAGUAGAUGAUCGACUACCAGUAAAUGAAGCCGGUCAGCUUGUUUUUCUCUCUUCUGUUUAUAAGAACCUAUUCUGGGGAGCUCUUUUGGAAAAAGCUUAUGCCAAGAUAUGUGGUUCUUAUGAAGAUCUACAGAUUGGGCAAGUGUCAGAAGCUCUGGUAGAUUUCACAGGGGGAGUUAAUAGGACAAUAAAGUUGACUGAUGCACCACCUGAUCUCUGGGACAUCUUGACAAGAGCAACCUACAGCAGCUCGCUCAUGGGGUGCCAGACUCAUGCAGGGCCAACAAGGGUGUUAGAGAAUGGCUUGGUGUCUGGUCAUGCCUAUGCUGUGACUGGCAUUCGAAAGGUGACAUGCAAACAUGGACCUGAAAAUUUAGUAAGGCUAAGAAAUCCCUGGGGAAAAGUUGAAUGGAAAGGGGAUUGGAGUGACAGCUCUGGAAAAUGGGAGCUGCUCAGCCCCAAAGAGAAGAUUUUGCUACGAAGGAAUUCCGAUGAUGGAGAAUUCUGGAUGUCACUGGAAGACUUGAAAAUUCAUUUUGUGGAUCUGAUGAUCUGUAAAUUGACUCCUGAUCUCAUGAGUCAGGAAGAUGGGAAGAAGUGGAUGUGCUCCAUGCAGUUUGGCAAAUGGAUCAAAGGAAGCACAGCAGGUGGCAGAUUGAAGAACUUCAGAGGCUCUUUUUGGAUGAAUCCCCAAUACUUGUUGAAAGUUUUGCAAGGCAAUGGAAGCAAAAGAUCUUUAUACUCCUGUAGCGUAUUGGUGUCUUUGAUCCAAAAACAUAGUGGCAAACAUCGGAAUCGGGUCCCUCAUCUGCACAUAGGCUUAUCACUCUAUAAGGUGGACCAGGAGUCCUGCAAUAAUAAUAAAAAGCUGCCUCCUUCUUUCUUCAUCUGGAAUGCACCUUUGGGUCAGUCGCUCUUUGUGAAUGAUCGGGAAGUGACUCAGGAUUUCCGCCUCCCUCCUGGGACUUAUGUGGUGGUUCCUUCUACCUUGGAACCUCAUCAAGAGUCAGAGUUCAUCUUGCGAAUCUUCUCCAGAAAGCAUAGCUUGUGUGAAUUGGGUGGAGACUCGAGCUGUGUCCUUUCAAAGGAAAUAGUUGAUAAACAUGAAGACUGUGAAGAAUUCUUCUCUAAGUACUUUGAUCAAUAUCCUGAAAUAAACGCAAUGCAGCUGCAAAGGAUCCUAAACAGUAUGGCAUGGACAAGUAUGUCUGAUCAUCAAAAUUAUGGGAUGAGAUUUAGCCUGGAUGCCUGCCGUGGUAUCUUGGCCCUCUUAGAUCUUAACAGUACUGGAACCUUGAGCAUUCAAGAAUUCAGAUUUCUGUGGAAGAAGCUGCUUCUUUACCAGGAAGUUUUCCAGAGAAAAGACACCCAUCAGUUAGGAACCUUGGAUCAGUCAGAAUUGCAUGUUGCUAUACAAGAAACAGGAAUCUCACUUAGCAAUGAACUUUGUAAGCUAUUGACAGUCCGCUAUGGAAAUCCUGAUCUAAAAAUCACAUUUGAGAACUUUGCCUGUUUUAUGCUACGUGUGGAACUCAUGAUGGAAGCCUUUUAUAAUAUGAGUAAAGAUGGCAAAGGUAUCUACCUUCUAGAAUCUGAGUGGAUGAUGAUGACACUGUAUUCAUGAAACAGUAAAAGAGAAGAACUCAGUUGAGCUACAUUGGCCUUUCAGACCAGGAAGCCAAAAUCGUGAAUGCUAAUGCAACUUUUAUUAUAGGUAUACAGUAACAGAAUCUUGCUAGUCUGAAUGUGCAAAUCUUCCUUUUUGGCUCUUACAUUCCAGAGAGCUAAGGAGAGUCAAUUCUGAGAUCCUUACUCAAAUUACAUUUAAGUAUUAUUUUCAUUUUAAAUAUACUUUUAUAUAUGAUUGUAUUUAUAAUUUCAUCAUAUUUAUAUUUUGAUAGUAUUUAAUACUUUUGUAUUUUGUAUUUGUUAUUUGUCAUUUUUAAUAGAAAAAACAAGAAAAAAUAAUAGUAAAAAUGAGAUAUUUGACUGUGAUUGCAAAGUUUGGACAGCUGAAUCACUGUGAAAUCUUACAGAAUGUCAUAUCUUGCCUUGCUUUCAGUCAUAGCUUUGAGUGUUAAGGCUCCAUUUUGAGGCUAGAGUUAAGUAGCUGGACUACUUAAAUGUUGUACAGUUGUUUUAUUUAUGGCUUUGAUAAAUUUACAGUUAAUUUAUAGUUACCUAUCUAAAGUUUAUGAGUCUCUGUUGAUAUAUAACAGAAAUGUAAAAAAAUCUAUGCAAUUUUCAAAUUGAUGGCAGAACAGAAAAUAUGCAGCAUAGUUAUCCUACAAAACUCUGUAAAUCCAUAAAUUUUUGAUGAAAUCAGGGAUAAAUUAUCAUUCAGUUGUAACUGACUGCACUUGUUACAUUUCUCACAGGAUCAGGGGCUAAUUUUAACUGCAAAGAAAACCUUUUCAGCUUAUGUAGUUGUAUGCAACUAGAUGAUGAGAAACCCUUUAUAAUGAUUAAAUACAUAAAUAAAACUUAAGUGACAGAAAUGUUAGCAAUUUUGUGAUGUUAGAACUUUUUUGUGCAAGACAAAAUUUUAAGUGUAUUGUUUAGGUUUUAAAUGAACACACAUUUGAGAAUGGCUACUACAAAUCUAAUGCAGAAUAUUGUUCCUGUGUUCUUUUAUGUAUCCGUUUUUAUAUGUAUUAUAUAAAUUUAAAUCUACCCUUUUACACACAAAGUUCUUUAACAUGUUGUAAUUGUUGCUACAUAUAAUGUAUUUUCUCUGUAUGUCAAUAAUGUUUUUUUUUUACAUUUAAAAGCUGAGCUGUUUUCAAAUUGUGAAGAAGCACUUUGUUGGAACUGUUAUAUCAGAUCUGUAGAUAAAAUAGUCUGUUUUGUGUGGAUCACAAUAAGGAUAUUGGCUUGGACAUUGUAGAUUAUAUAACUGAUAUACUUAUUAUAUAACUUUCAUACCUAACAAAAGAAGCAUUUCUGAAAUUCUGACAAGACACAUUUUCAGUUUGUGUAGUUAAAAUGAUAUAAAAUAUUUCUGAGAGAUAUAUUCAGCUGCACCUACAACAUUCAUACAGAAUCAUUUCUCUUUUACUGGGGGGCAUUGCAACAACAAGCAAGCAGAAUAAACUAGACAAUAUUAACCACGGAGACAGCAAUUGUUUCCAAAUAUAUGAAGGGCUGCCAUGCAGAACUUGGGGCAGAAUUGUUUACAGGGUUCUAGAAGAUAGU